AUUCGAGAUAUCGGUUGCACAUAAUUGUCAACUACACCCACUAGCCUAGUUUGACAGUUUACUAUUAUAUUUCAUUUGUUGUAAAUAAAUGCAGUACAUUAAAAAGUAUACGUUAAUAAGUGUACUUUUAUAAAAGCGUUACCAAUAAAAUCAUGCUUGUUUUAGUGUUGGGAGAUCUGCACAUUCCACAUAGGUGUAGCAGUCUUCCAAGUAAAUUUAAAAAACUUUUGGUACCAGGUAGAAUACAACACAUAUUGUGUACAGGUAAUCUUUGUACAAAAGAAUCAUAUGAUUAUUUAAAGACAUUAGCCAGUGAUGUACAUGUAGUAAGAGGAGAUUUUGAUGAGAAUUUAAAUUAUCCAGAACAAAAAGUUGUCACAGUUGGACAAUUUAGAAUAGGGUUAUCACAUGGUCAUCAAGUUGUACCAUGGGGAGAUCCAGAAGCUUUAGCCUUGAUACAAAGACAAUUGGAUGUUGAUAUUUUAAUAUCUGGUCAUACUCAUAAAUUUGAAGCUUACGAACAUGAAAAUAAAUUCUACAUAAAUCCUGGAUCAGCGACAGGAGCAUAUAAUCCCUUGGAUACAUCGGUUAUUCCAUCUUUCGUUCUAAUGGAUAUACAAAGUUCCACAGUUGUAACUUAUGUGUAUCAAUUAGUUGGAGAUGAUGUAAAAGUAGAGAGGAUCGAAUAUAAAAAGAGUUAAAUACUGUCUAAGAUUAUAAAAAAUGAAUUAAUAAAAAGAAAAAAAAAAAAGAGAGAGAGAGAGAACCAAGAUCAUUAACAACCAGCUGGAUAAAUGUAGAAAACGUAUGAUUUAUGUUGAAACUUACAUUCAUAUUUGAAUUUUGCCAGAACGCAAAUCAUGCGCUGCAUCAUAUGCUUGCAUUUGACAGAAACAUAUAAACAAUUAUACAAAACAUUAAAAUAUACAAUACACUUAUUGUAAAUAAAGCUGUUUUCAAAUUAUACAAAUAUAUAUGUAUAUCUUGUUUUCAAUAUAUUUAAUGUAUUUUAUACUAUAAGUAUUACAAUACCAAAAAUCUUCUUUAUCCUGUAUUAUAGAAUUUGACGAUGUCAAUACUUAUUUACAUAUUUAUUUGUUAAACAGUGACACGUGUCAGAAACUUGUUUUUUGUUCCAUCAUUACUCGAUACGUGCUUACGUAUAUUGUGUGUUUAUGUAUACAUUUCGGUAUCGUACGCACAUUAUUUAGAUAUCAUUUUCUAACGUGAAUCGAAAAUACAAUCGAACCGAUCGAAAAUUACAAAUAAGCAUAUAAAAUUAACUUGAUAAAAUCGCGUCGAUUAAGAUGGGUGCGUGUGGAUGAGGAUAGAACCGCACAGAAGGUACUAAUUGGUAAACUCAAUGGAUAAGACCAAGAUGUAGAGAAGAGAACAGCGAAGGGAAUAAAAAUGUAAGCUGUAGGAGAGAUAAGAAUGUGUAUUUCUACCCGUUUGGCGAUUAGAAGCUCGUAUUUUAAGAGAUUGAUAGUUCUAAAAAGUAAACAAUUUAAGUGGAUAACAAGAAGCGAUAAUGACCGAAUGUACGAACGAGUGAUAUGGUUAUACAUACAAAACACUUAACAUGAGUAUAGAAAAAACCACUAGAAGAAAAAAGAGAAGAAUGCCAAGUAUUCCUUAUCAAAUAUUGAUUAAAUUUCCACGUGUGACAGCUACGACGUAACAACGGACAUCCACGAGAAGAGAAAUCAUUCGAUAUGGUCUACAUCAAUCCACUGGUAUGAGUCGUAUGGGGAGAAAAAAAAGGAGAAAGCAAGAGAGAGAGAGAGAGAAAGUUAGAGCGGUGAGCAAAAUGAAAUAACCAAAAUUUGAUUAAAUUUUUGAUUUGGGUAUCUCGUCGCUGGAGGGAAAGUGAGCGAAAGUGAGAGAUUGAGCAAGAUGAAAUAAGCAAAAUAUAAGGAGACGUUGAUCAAUAAAAAUUUAUUAUUACACAGUAAAUAGAUGACAUUUCGAAAUACCAAAAAAAAUUAUCUCAAAAGUCGACUGGCUAUAUAUUGGAAACAGGUUUGAAACAGAAAAAAAGCUAUCAACUCAUGAUAUUUAUUUGGUUUUGGAAUGAUUCUGAAAAGACCAGUCAAUAUCAUGUUAUUUUCAUAUAUAAUGUCACAUAUUCUUGUAGCUAAAUUGAAGAUGUUUCCAAAAGACUACUAACUCACUACUCUUCCACCAAAAUUGAAAUUUAUGCGCCGCUAUGAAGAAAGACCGAUUGUGCAACCUCUAACCUUGGAUUACCUUUGGAUAUAUUCCACAUACAUAAUCGUAAGGUGGCGCCGAGGCGUGUUAGUUCUAGUAUCUUACCGGAGGAGGCGUAACAGUCGCGACGAGAUCGCCAUCUACAUCAUCGCGAUCGUCCCAAUAUGACAGCGGCACAACGCUCCUUUAAGAGGGGACCUGCACAGGCGAUACCCUCUCUAUUUUCCUCCAUUAUGUAUACCGAAGGCACGGGAAAGAAAUAUCAUCACGACAUCGGUAAUAUCGUCGCGACGCUAUACGACCUAUUAGACGCUUCUAUACUGCGAGUAUCAUGUCACGUGGAGGUUAUUGCAUCUGAAGACUCACAAAUUAAGUGGAACACUACUUUACAAACUCUAAUUCCCGGGGUGUCAUGAGGAACGGUAUGGAAAGAGUGAAUUUCAGAGAUUUAAUCCUCGGAGUACGAAAGGAGGAAACUGGAAAGUGGAUGGUGUUAAAGUUGUACAUAAUACCCUGCCCAUAGCAACACUAAGGGGUAAUGGGAUAAAACCCAUUCUCCGAGCUAUCAAAUCCGAUGGAUCAGAAAAUGCUGUUUUUUGUCUCGUUUGAGCCAUAUCAUAAGCCAAACUAACUGUGUAAUCCCUAUAGACAGUUGAGCUUAGCUCGUUAAAACGAGUGAUGAAUGCAUGCUUUACCUUUACACACAAACAUGGUAUUUAUAUUAGUUCUAGAUAAAUAAAUAAAUAAAUAAAAAAUACAUAUGUA